AUGAAACUAACCUCUUCUCUCCCGAAAAAACGAAGAAGAAUUGAAAGAGAAAUUGGUCUUGAAAACAAACCUCGCCGGAGAUACGAACAAGAAAUCGAAGUUCUAGUCGGAAAUUUGGCGGCAAUCGAAGAUAAUCGGCUGAGGAGGUGGUGGGACUCGGCUUUGGAGGCAAAUCGGGGGUGGGAGUCGAGUUUGGAGCUCAAUCACCGGUGGAAAAAUGUGGUCGUCGUCGGAGAUACGACGAUCGAUCACCGUUUGAGUAUUUUCAACAAAUGGGAGCAAAUGGAGUCUGGGGAAGACGAACUAGAACUAAAAGGGAAGAGACCAUUAGCGGCGACAAGGAAGGGGCUAUUAGCGGCGACAAGGGGCCAUUAG